AUGGGCCAACGCCAGCUGAUCUGUUUAGCUCGUAGUUUAUUACGAAAGAGCAGCAUUUUGGUACUGGACGAGGCGACAGCGGCGGUAGAUAUGAAAACGGAUGAAUUGAUACAAAACACGAUCAAAAUGGAGUUCAAAGACUGUACUGUAUUGACCAUUGCCCACAGAUUAAACACAAUUAUAGAUUAUGACAGAAUUUUGGUAUUGGAGCAUGGAGAAAUAAAAGAAUUUGACAGUCCUAAAAUAUUACUAGAAAACAAGAAUUCUUCGUUCUAUAGUAUGGCAAAAGAUGCUGGUCUAGUUUGACAGAUUUAUAAAUAUUUCCUUCUUUCAACAACUUGCAGUCUGUGGUGUGAGGAAUGACGCGGAAUAUGUUAAGUGAUUUAAGCUCAAUGUGCCAACAACGUUAUUGAUAUAGGAAAUAGAAAAACCGAAGUAAAUUGAAUUAUAUUUUAUUCAUUUUUAUACGAUUGAAAUAUCUGAUCAAGUGUAAAGAACAAUGAGCCAUAUUUGUAUCAGAAGUUCUGGUCUUAUAACAGUAAUAUAUAUAUAUAUAUAUAUAUAUAUAUAUA